AUGCAUUUAUUCCUCAAACUACCUAAAGAGAUAUUAUCAUUAAUUUUUAGCCACAUCAAGGAUGAAUCAAUUCUUGAAAGUUUAAGAUUUAUUCCAGGUUUACAAUAUAUUUAUCUAGAGCAAAGAUAUUCAACAUUUGAAAUAAAUAGUAACAAUAAGUCAAUGGAAGCAUUAAUAGGGCUCUUGCAUGAGUAUAAUUUCACGCCUUCAAUAAUUAUUGGAAAUAUAAAUCAAAUCAAACAAUUGAUAGAUAAACCUACAUUUAGAUUAGCUAAUUAUGAAGUGAAAAUCUUACCGACUACUAGAUUUAGUGAUUUUGUAUCAAUUUUGGACAAAGUUUAUGUUAUAGGUAUACAUUUGAAUCAAUAUUUAGAACCCUUUGUUGGAUUAUUUAAAAAGAAUGAAAUUAAAUCAUUUUUGGAUUAUAUUGCAAAUAAUAACAUACAAUUUUUAACUACAUCUCAUUCAAAUACAUUUAAAAUUCAAUUUCCAAUAUCUUUAAAGCAAAUAACAUUAGAUGGAGGUCAAAAUUUUGAAUUAGAUUUAAGUGAAUUACAAUACCUUGAAUCUUUUAAUUGCAAAAAUCUCCUCAAAAUGAAUUCAUUAGAAAGUCUUCAACUACCAACAUCCAUCAAGAAUUUAACACUAUAUUCUUGUGAUUUUCAAAGUUAUGGUGAUUUAACCAAGUAUAACAAACUAAGAUUUCUUGACAUAUCAUACUGUCCUGACAUUUAUGGUUUAAUUCAUAGUCCUGUUCAAUAUCCUGAUUCGUUGAAAAUUUUCAAUUUCAUUAGCAAUUUUCAUCCUGAUCGAAUGGAAGAGUUAAUUGAAGAAGAUAAAUUGGAUUUUAGGUAUGUUGUUGAUGCUAACUGGCGGAUCCGUUUGUAUCAUUUUCCUCCAUUGUUGAAAAAUUUAAAAAUUUACGAUACUAUGCAGACUCUAGACAUAAGAAAUCUUGAACUUUAUUAUAAAACUCUUGAUUGUUUAGAGUUAGAUGGUAUUGGAAAACUUGACUUGAGCAGCUUGGCAUUUAGUUUACAGAAUGAAAUGUCUGAAAUCAUUAUUACAAAUUGCCUGAUUAUAAAUUGGGACUGCGUUAUUGACUUUCCUGAGCUGAAACAAAUUAAGUUCACAAGCAAUACAAUUUAUUCCGAACUUUUUGAUUCAAAUUUAGAUCAAUUGGAAUUGUUGAAAGUGUUGGAAAUGUCUGAUAAUACUUAUUUUUAUGAGGAUUGCAAUUAUCCACUUGAUCCACUUGAAAUUUUAUCCGACUUGAAAGUAAUACGUUUCAAAACACCUAAAUUACAAAGCUUAAUUUUGAAAAGUCCAAUGCCACCUAAAGACCAUGAUUAUCAGUAUUCAUCUAAAGUAGCAUUUGAGGUUAGGAAUUUGAAAAAAUUAGAAAUGAUAAAUUUAAAUAUAUGCUUGUUGAAUUUUGAUGAAUUUCCACAUUCAUUGGAAGAAUUAAUUAUCAGGAAUUUAAAAUUACAAACAAUUAAUGGUUGCCUUUCAAACUUGUAUAAGUUAAAGAUUCUAGAUUUGCAAAAUAAUCAAAUUAAUUUUUCUAUGUUAGCACCUCAAAUAUUUCCAUCAAGUUUAAAUAAUAUAAAUUUAUCAGACAAUAAAAUUGAAGAUUUAAAUUGUUUGAAAUUAGAUCAUUGUGUAAAUUUGCAAAAUUUAACAUUAAAAAAAGUAACUUCAAAAGAUGAACCAAAGGGGGGGUUAAAAUUAAGGGACUUUUGUAUAGAUACUGGUGUUAAAGAUGCAAUCUUGACAAAUUAUAAUUCAGAUGUAAUUUUUGAUAUUGUUAAUGGAGUUGAAGAAGAUUCAAUAUUAAAAGCUAAAUCUAAAAGAAGAAAAAUUUGUUAA